CGAUGAGGGUACAGGGCAGCCGCACUUGUGAGUCGCCACGAUCAUCCUUGUUGUUUCUGUUGUCUUACGUGUGUGGAUUACGAGAUUGAUCAGAUUUGUCGGGAACGGAGGAAUCCGUGAGGCCGCGACGUGAAUUGUUUUUCGAUGCGCAAUGAAAUAUGUCGGAUGUGCUGAAGAAAAUCGAUUUAAGUCAAUCGCAUGCAGCAGCACAACUGCAACGUCACAAAAAUGGGGAAUUAAAUAAAUAGUUUAAUUUUCAUCAUCUUUCAAAUCUCAAUCUGCUGGCGAAAAUGCAUUUUUCUCGCGACAAAGGUAAAUUGGCUAUCAAGUAAAUUAAUAAAAAUGAAUAUAAAAAAGGAUGAAUUUGCUCAAAUUCAAAACUAAGAAUAAAAAUUUACUGUCAUGCCUAAGGAGAUAAUUUUUAAUGAAACGUAAAGACACCUAUUUAAUGUAAAAACAUUUUGAAAUGUUUCGAGAAGCUGUAUGCCUCUGUCCAUCAGUAUCCCAACCGUCGUCGCAUUUGCCACUCGCCGAGGAUGUUUGUCCAAAAUAUUACCAAGAGAUUGGAGCAGAGAUGAUUAGCAAUCAGCUAAUCAUUCGACUAGAGAAGGAUAGGAACAGAAAACGGAAAAAGAAGCUGGAGGAAUGGGAUCCGCCUUGCGACUGCGUGGAGAUUCAAAGACCAACGAGCAAAACAGGCCCCAAGAUCAUCAAUGCAGAUUACGACGACCGCAUUGUGUUCCGCGUUCACUGGGCAUCUCGUUUUCCAAAAGAGGAUCCUGCUUACAGAUCGCAAACUAUCGCCUACAAGAUCGACUCGUGCAGGGAAAAAGAGGGCAGCCAUCAGUGCAAGACUAUCACGGUUUACCCUCAAUUUAUCUCCGGUUCUCAAGAAGUGUAUAGUGAUCACAUAACCGAGGGUAAUCAAGACAUCUUCUUACUGAGGAUAAAAAAGAAAGCAGAAUAUUCCGAACAGAGCAAUAGAAACGUCGAGCUUGAAGUGAGAACACCGAAACCACCAACGCCAACGUCAUCGCCUGCAAUUGCACCGCCGCAACCAGUUCGCGAUUUGGUUGUGGAACAUGUUGUAGAAAAUGAAGAACCGAGUGAGAAUACAGACGACAAACUGGAUGAGAAGCCGGUGAAGAAAAGUAAAACACAGCCAAAGAGAAAAAAGAAAAAAAAGCAAUUGCCGAUUUAAAAGUAAUAAUGCUUCUCUUUCCUUAUAUUAUGUAAAUUAUAUCAGAUAACUAAAAAUAAGAAUCCGAUGUCACACUACAAAAUUAUGCAAAAUAUGCGAAAAAUAUAAAGUAUCAUCAUUUUAACAUCAUUAUACAUUCUUGUAACGUUAUUAUACUUUUUUAUGCU